AUGGGCCAUAGAGGCGUGUGCGUGGUGACGAAUCCGUUUCUAGUUGCUGUACAUAGCGGGAUUGGUGUAAUUAUACGAUUUUACUACUCGGGGAGCCUGCAGGCCCACGCUAACAGCAUUCCUUGUAAAAUAUCUAUAUGUGACAGGGGUGACGAUCUCCUGCCUGUGGCUCCUUGCGAAAACCAGUACCGUAAUGACAAUUUAGCGGGUGCCAGUAAUGAAUAUUUAGCCGGUGCCAGUAAUGACAAUUUAGCGGGUGCCAGUAAUGACAAUUUAGCGGGUGCCAGUAAUGACAAUUUAGCGGGUGCCAGUAAUGACAAUUUAGCGGGUGCCAGUAAUGACAAUUUAGCCGGUGCCAGUAAUGACAAUUUAGCGGGUGCCAGUAAUGACAAUUUAGCGGGUGCCAGUAAUGACAAUUUAGCGGGUGCCAGUAAUGACAAUUUAGCGGGUGCCAGUAAUGACAAUUUAGCGGGUGCCAGUAAUGACAAUUUAGCCGGUGCCAGUAAUGACAAUUUAGCGGGUGCCAGUAAUGACAAUUUAGCGGGUGCCAGUAAUGACAAUUUAACGGGUGCAAGUAAUGACAAUUUAACAGGUGCAAGUAAUGACAAUUUAGCGGGUGCCAGUAAUGAAAAUUUAGCGGGUGCCAGUAAUGACAAUUUAGCGGGUGCCAGUAAUGACAAUUUAGCGGGUGCCAAUAUUGACAAUUUAGCGAGUGCCAGUAAUGACAAUUUAGCGGGUGCCAGUAAUGACAAUUUAGCGGGUGCCAGUAAUGACAAUUUAGCGGGUGCCAGUAAUGACAAUUUAGCCGGUGCCAGUAAUGACAAUUUUGCAGGUGCCUAUGGUUUCCCGUCUCCGGUGAGCUACUUUGUCAAGAAAAGUGUGUAA